AUGAGCGAGGAGAUAUUCGACCGCGAAGAGGACCUCGAGAUUCGCGAGGGCCACGUUCAGCGACGCUGGGACACGGUCGUGCGAGAGGCAAGCCUGCACGCCGAUUCCGUCAAGAGACUUGCGGAGCGCGAACAGGCAGUCCAACAGGGUGAGGAAGAGGUGAAGAGCAAGGAGCGUCGAUUGCAGUUUCUCGACGACCUGAUGAGCGACGAGACCGCGUCGGAGUUGACACGACGCCCUGGUCGUACACCAACCUGGGACGACCUGCGCUCCGCCUACCGCGAUACCAUGCUCCACGCGGACGCCGAGCUGCGGCAGUCUCUCACCAACGGCCCCAGCCUCUCGGUCCCCUACCCUACCUCACCUGGCGGGCAGAUGGACUUCGCACCUACCGCCACCUCUCCGGCCUCACCACCCCAAGAGCAAGACGUCGGAUCCCUCCUCACGUCACCGACAUCUCCAGUCGAGCACAAUCGCGACGAGUACGACUUCUUCCCACCAACGCUCCCAGCCAAUGUCUUCCCUCCAAUGCCAGCAGUCAUGGCCCCAGAGUCGCCACUGCGGCCUCGUCGUCGAGAUCCUGGACAUGCUCCUCCACCAAGGACCAAGAACCCGAUUCAUCUAUACACGGGCAAGCCCAUCCUCAACUACAACCCGAACAGCUUCGAUCCCGCCAACAACCCCUGGGCAGGAGAUCCUCGACUCAAGUUCGAUUGA